GGGUCGUGGAUGGUAACAUGUCACAUGAACAAUUUUGGCAUCAUAGAGGAGUAAUAAACAAAAUCACUUCUCUGCCUAACAAAUGCCCCAUCUUCACUAUCUGGUUAUUAAGUGCAAAGUGUAAUGUAGCAGAUACUGUAGCUUUGGGUUUUCCAUUAAAGAAAAAUCUGUAAUCAAGAUGGCGGGAGGAGUUGAUCCUGGAAACCAGACUGCAACAUGUUUGGGCUCUGUAUGUUGUCUGAGCUAGGCCUUCUGCUGCCUUGUUGGGUUGUCCAACUGGCACAUGGAGGCUGAGUGAGUGGUUGCAUCCCAAUUACCCCAAAGUUUGCUCUUGUGCACUCAAGGUAAGUGAGCAAGUAUGCACUUAGGGCAUAAGGGUAGGCUAUAGAAUUGGUAUGCAGUAAUUGAAGACAGGGCUGUUCUCAUCUCUAUCUGUAAAGGCAAGCAGACCAUCUACUGAUACCCUGAUGAAGGCAGUUGUCAAAAGGCACUGUUUAAGAAGUUUGCAAGCAAACUUCCAUUUUGCUACCCAGAGUUGCUGAAUAGAUAGGUUAGCUGACAACGUCAUGAAAAUGAUGUGCACUCUUCCAUGGGGCAGAAGUCGGCGUGUUGUGAUUCUGGAUGGCCAGAUUGUCAUUCUUGCAAGCAAACUACCAUUUGGGAAUUGUAAGUGGCUCAUUUCAUCUUUAUUGAUACCAUGUCUUGUUUUGAGGUGUUUUAACUCAUUUUAUGUCAGUGCUAAUAUGGUCGAAAUUCACUAGCUAGCUAACCAGCAACUGUAACAAUGUAUUUGAGAGACAAGGCUCAUGGUGUAAUUUUAUUUUAUAAACCUUGGACACAAUAUACACGUUGUCCACAAUCUAAGCCAACGCUGUCUGUUUGGCACACUCCUCGGUUUUGUUCCAAAACAACCAACCGGUCUAUCUUUCGCUUUGUUCCAGUAUUCAUGCACCAUGGUUAUCUAGUGAGAUAGCGACAGACCCCAUCUACUGAGGCAGACCCAUGCAGCUGUGGAAGGAAGGAGCAGUGUUGUGUUGGGGCCCACAGGGAGGGCGAGACCCCUCCGGCCCUGCCUACCGCCCAGCAGAAUGGGGGCAUUGUGGUGGAGCUCUGAGGCACAAACACAGUGGCUCUGAUGGUACCAGCUGAUCAGUGACACCUGCCUGAGGACACCUCACCCGCUGCCCCUCCCUCCCCCACCCCCUUUACCAUGUCUGGGAUCCAGGUGCCAUGGUUGCCUGGCACAGAGUGUGUAGCCAAGUACAACUUCCAGUCGACAAAUGAACAGGACCUGCCUUUCUGUAAAGGAGAUGUGUUGACCAUAAUUGGAGUCACCAGGGAUCCCAACUGGUACAAAGCGAAGAACACAGUGGGCAGAGAGGGCACCAUCCCAGCUAACUACGUCCAGAAAAGGGAAGGGGUCAAGUCAGGGGGAAAACUCAGUCUUAUGCCAUGGUUCCAUGGUAAGAUAACGCGGGAGCAGGCAGAGCGCCUCCUCUACCCCCCAGAGACUGGUCUGUUCCUGGCGAGGGAGAGCACCAACUACCCCGGGGACUACACCCUGUGUGUCAGCUGUGACGGCAAGGUUGAGCACUACCGCAUCAUCUACCACAACGGCAAGCUCAGCAUCGACGAGGAGGAGUUCUUCCAGAACCUCAUGCAGCUGGUGGAGCACUACACUAAAGACGCUGACGGCCUCUGUACCAGACUCAUCAAGCCAAAGCUGAUGGAGGGAACGGUGGCCGCCCAGGAUGAAUUCUCCAGGAGCGGCUGGGCCUUGAACAGAAAGGAACUCAAGCUCAUCCAGACCAUUGGCAAAGGGGAGUUUGGAGAUGUGAUGGUGGGGGACUACAGAGGGACCAAGGUGGCAGUGAAGUGCAUCAAACACGACGCCACGGCCCAGGCAUUCAUCGCUGAGGCCUCCGUCAUGACGCAAUUGAGGCACAACAACCUGGUUCAGCUGCUGGGGGUGAUCGUAGAGGAGAGGGGCAGUCUCUACAUCGUCACAGAGUACAUGGCCAAGGGCAGUCUAGUGGACUACCUCCGUUCUCGAGGACGGACCGUGCUGGGAGGAGACUGUUUACUCAAAUUCUCACUUGACGUAUGUGAAGCCAUGGAAUACCUGGAGGCCAAUAACUUUGUGCACAGAGACCUGGCGGCCCGGAACGUYCUGGUGUCUGACGACAACAUCGCCAAGGUCAGCGACUUUGGUCUGACCAAGGAGGCCUCGUCCACACAGGACACUGCCAAACUGCCCGUCAAAUGGACCUCCCCCGAAGCCCUGCGAGAGAAGAGGUUCUCCACUAAGUCAGACGUGUGGAGUUAUGGUAUCCUGCUAUGGGAGAUCUACUCCUUUGGGCGUGUGCCUUACCCCAGAAUUCCCCUGAAGGAGGUGGUGCCGCGGGUGGAGAAGGGUUACAAGAUGGACGCCCCCGACGGCUGCCCGGUGGUGGUUUACGACGUCAUGAAGCAGUGCUGGACCCUGGACGUGGGGCUGCGGCCCUCCUUCCGCAUGCUGAGAGACAAGCUGUCGCAUAUCAGAGCCAAGGAGCUCUACCUGUGAGGGGCAGGGAGGGAAGACACGGCAGACUAGAGCGGAGGGAGGGAGGGAGCGUCCAGGCUGGGGGAAACUAACUGGAGCAGGACCGGAACUCAUCUGCCUGCGGGCCACACCCUACCUGAUACUUGACCUGCACCGGUUUUCCUCUGGGACUGUAGUGAACCCUCCCCUGUGUAACCUUCCCCCUCUACUCUUCUGAAAGAAAGGAACUGAAGUCCUGUGUAUGUGAUGUAUAGCUUUCUGUCAGCUGGUUGUCUUCCUCCUCUGUCCAGUCCAUCAGCCUCCCUCUACCCCCUUCCUCCUCCUGUUCUCCCAGUCUCUCCACUGUGGCGUUGUCGCCUCCUCAAACGCUUUUCUGAUUUUCUUCUCCAAAACGUGAUGAUAAUGGGGAGGCUGGCCUUUUCCUCCACAUGUUUGUCAGGUGCUCUCAAUCUCUCCUCUCUCUCUCUGUGCCAUGAUCAUUCCUGUAUCUCUGUGUUGGUUGGUAGUGUGGUGCUGCAUGCUGUCUGUCCCUCACCCUCCUGUGUGGGGCCUUGCUUGGGGCCUUGGCUCUGUGCCAAAGUGCCUCCAGUAUACAGAACUCCAGAUCCCCUCAGCCUCCAGAACCUACUCCUCCACUCAGACUAUUCUGUUUUUAUUCCUUUUUUUUAAAGAAAUCUUUUUUUGUUUGUCUUGGAGGUUGGUUGUUCAUUUGCUUUGUGAAGUUAUCUCCCUCCGGCUCCAGAACAGGUACUUCUAUGUCCGUGAAAGAGAGUGUGAACAGUUAAGAAAAGAGGCCAGUGCAUAAAGGCCCUUCCCAGCUGAGGCUCUAUCUCCAACUCAACACAGGACUACAGAACAGGGGAGGGAGGGGCAGUUCUCAACAUGGUCGAUUCAUCAUAUGUGGGCUUGUUUUAUAUUAAAAUAUAUUUAAAGGAUUAAAAAAUAAGAAUGUUUUAGUGUCUGUGUGAAGCGAACACUGGGGUUGGGUAUGUGCAUGCUGUGCGAGAGGCCUUGGGUUUAACUGUCAGUGCUUUCAAUGUUUACUAUGCUAUCAUGAUUAUGAAUAAAUCAUUCCAUCUGA